CUUGGGGGAAAACUUCCGUAACCUUAUGGACUCACAUACUCCGUACUAAUCUUACAAAUUCUUUUCAAUACGUGUCUAUCGACAUCUUCAGAGUCAUCUAGCAGGUCACGGUAUUAGGUCACAAUAUUUAGCUAAGUCAGUCGUAAGUCUGAGAUUGAGAUAUACAUUGAUAUACAUUCCCACCUGGGCACAAUUCUCAAUAUCCAAAAUAGAUUCCGAAGAUAACCGCAUCUCAGGUAACCAGGUACAUACAUAACUUAGCAUUCGUGUCCAGCGUGUCCAGUCUUUUUCUUGCCCCGCACAUCUUUAUACCUUGCGACCUCGAAUUUACCCUAUCACAAAUGGAUAUCGUCUCAAACUGCAUUGCAUAUGAACGUUGUGAUGAUCUGAAGGCGGGCUUUUCGUCAUCAUGAAGCUUCCUACUUAACGAGGAGCCCCAAGACAUGGAAGGGUGCUCUUCUUGUCUCAUCCUCAUGCAGUUUUGUAAUGUAGACUUGAUCUUUUGUCGCAUUUCACAUAAUCAUCUUCUGGAUCCCAAGUUCGAGCUUGUUCUUUUCUAUUCUCAACAUGGCACCAAACAGUUCUCAGUUUGGCGCAGAAGGCACUACUUCGUUGAAUAUAUCUGCGGACGGCUAUGAGAUACCUGAUAUUACCUUUCGUGAUCCUAAGAACCGGCAUCUUAAGGUUCUCACAAUUGGUGCAGGUUUUUCGGGGAUCAUGAUGGCUUACUAUAUUCAAAAGCAAUGCCAGAAGUAAGGUUUCCAGUGCAGAACAUCUAGUUACCCAAAAAAUCAGGGCUAAUUCAUGUAGUGUUGAGCAUGUGAUUUAUGAAAAGAAUCCUGACAUCGGUGGUACAUGGUAUGAAAACAGAUAUCCAGGCGCUGCCUGCGAUAUCCCUUCACAUGCGUACACAUUUCCUUUCGCUCUCAACCCUGACUGGCCAAAAUACGCCAGCGGAGCUCUAGAUAUCUGGAAUUAUCUGGACAAGGUUUGCGAUACUUUCGACCUUAGAAAAUACAUGACCUUCAACACUGAGAUAAUCGGUUGUUCUUGGGAUGAGGAGACUGGAAAAUGGUUUGUCAAGAUGAAGCAAACAUCAGAAUCCGGCGAGAAGGAAUUUGAGGAGACGUGCGACCUAUUACUGCAUGCAACAGGAAUAUUGAAUAAUUUUAAGUGGCCAGACAUUAAGGGAAUCCAAGACUUUAAAGGCAAAGUCAUUCGUACGUUAACUGUCACUCCCUUCAUUUAUUAAAUGAUCACUUAUAGGAGACAGAUACUGCUAGAUGGCCAAAUGACUAUCAACAAAAACAAUGGAAGAAUGAGUCUGUAGCAAUCAUUGGUUCCGGGUCUUCUUCCAUUCAGACAUUGCCUGCCAUGCAACCUCAUGUUAAACACAUUGAUGUUUAUGUACGUACACCUAUCUGGUUCACCUCGGUUGCCGGAAACGACGGGCGAGGGAAAGAGUACACUUUGGAGCAACGCGAGAAGUUCAAAAAUGAUUUGCCCGCGCUUGUUGAGCAUGCAAAAUAUUUAGAAAACCAGAUAAAUAAUCUUUGGGGUAUGUUUUUCAAGGACAGCGAGGCCCAGAAGGAAGUCCGAAAAUUUUUUGCUGCCCGAAUGGAAGAGUUUAUCAAGGACAAAAGACUCCUUAAUGGCUUUACUCCAAAAUUUUCUGUUGGAUGUCGGAGGAUGACCCCUGGUAAGAAUUCAGUGCCACCGCAGGUGCUAUCGCGCUAAUGGUAUAGGUGAUUCUUAUAUAACUGCAAUACAAGAGCCAAAUGUAGAUGUUCAUUUUUCUGCAGUUGAGGAGAUUACGCAAGACUCGGUUAUCGACAGUGAAGGUGAGGAGCGUAAGGUGGAUACAGUAAUUUGUGCCACGGGCUUCGACGUCUCAUAUCGCCCACGCUUCCAAAUAAUAGGUCAGAAUGGAGUUGAUCUUCGAGAAAAGUGGAAAAUAGUUCCCGAAUCAUACCUAGGUUAGUCGAAUAAAUUCCACCCUCCUGGAUCACAGAAGCAGAAGCUAACCGGUUCAUAGGUAUUACGGUGCCGGAGAUACCUAACUUCAUUACUUUCAUUGGACCAACGUGGCCUAUAUCGAAUGGGUCUGUUUUGGGACCUCUUGGCGGGGUAGCAAACUAUGCUAUAAAAUUCAUUAAGAAGAUGCAGAACGAGUUUAUCAAGUCUAUCGCUCCAAAGCAAGAUAUGACGGAUCUCUUCAAUGCUCAUACACAAGAAUUAAUGAAGCAAUUGGUUUGGACGUCAGGCUCAGGAUGUCGUUCCUGGUAUAAAAGUACAGCCUCAUGUCUAUAUGUUAAUCCCCAGUUACUAACUCGGAGAAGAUCACGAAACGGGACGCGUGAAUGCAAUUUGGCCUGGUAGUUCUCUGCAUUAUAUGCAGGUGAUUGAAAACCCAAGGUACGAAGAUUACAAUAUAACUUACCAGAAUAAACAUAACCCGUAAGUUAUCCUGAUGCUUUUCUACGCCUCAACGUGCUAGAUCGUUACUAACAUAGAUAUAGAUGGGCGUACCUUGGACUCGGCUUCACCAUCGAGAAUCGUACAGAGGGUGCUGACGUAUCACCCUACAUCAACGAAGAAGCUAUUGACCCAAAAUGGUUGGAAGUCAUGAAAGCUGAAGCACCUGGAGCAGACCGUGAUGUUCAUGGAUAGUUGUGUAAAAUGAAGGUAUAUAAAUACGUUUCACUAUUCAACACUGUUGUUCGUGUUUCAUUUUUAUAAUAAGGAAGCUAGUACCACCGGUACAAUACAGAACGAAACACUGUUCAAAGUUAAUGCUGACUACUUAGCUUCUGAUGAAUAGUGAGGAGUGGUAUUCGCUUAGCUUGUGGAUUUCCAACGAGGAGCUUCAAUUGAGGUUUUUUAAGGGUCAUUGUUCUUUCUAUCGACAAAUACGUAGUAUUAAAUCCAAUCUCUCGUUUUGAUAACCAGUCAACAUUAGACCAAUGAA